AGGUACCAUACCAUCUCGGCGCCUUGCCCUGUGGGCCGACAGCAGGAGAGAAGGUGUGAUGGAUGUUGCCCGAUCACAGGCGAAGGGCCCAAACCGGGCGUGUCGUCCGGCACUCCCAGCCCCGCCGCCCGCGAUCGAUCUCCAGGGGAUGUCUGGGGUCCCCUCCCCCGGCGGAAGGAAACACCGCCCUGCUCCCUUUUAUAGUCAGAUCCAUAACCCGCUCCCGCCCCAUCCGCACGGGAGCUUCCCGCUGCCCUAGCGUCGUCUGAGCACAUCACCCUUUCUCCACGCCAACAUGGCCGCCCGCGAGUCCUCGGUGGCUGGGUUCCCCGUCGUGAACGGCGUCACAGUAUUCAUCCCGCCGCCCGAGGGUUAUAUCGUCGACUUCUCGAACCCCCGGCGCCAGAGCGCGCUGGAGCACUACCUUGUCGCCGGCAUUCUCGGCCCCAUCGCCCUCGUCGCGCUCUGUCAGCGCAUCUACACCAAGAUCUACCUCGGAGCGGGCUUCAAGGUCGACGACUGGUUCAUGUGUAUUGCGUGGGCCUUCUCGGUAGUAAUGCAGUCGACGCAGAUAUACUCCAUCAGCAUCGGCGGGCUCUGCCACCACACUUGGGAGAUGUCCAUCGAGACGUUCGAGAAGAGCCUGAUGGUGUCCUACGUCGCCGCCACCGCCUUCAUCCUCUGCAACGGCUUCACCAAGACGUCCAUCCUGCUCUACUACCGCGGCAUCUCGCCCCGGGCCUGGUUCCAGCGCGCCAUCUGGGCGGCCUGCGGCAUGGUCGGCUGCUACACGAUAAUCAUCGCGUGCAUGCUGCUCUUCGGUUGCGACCCCAUCGAUUCGUUCUGGGUCCCCGAGCUGCUGGGCACGGGCAGGUGCCUCGACUCCAACGUCCUGUACAUGGCCAUCGCCGUCUCCAACAUCGUCUCGGACUGCGUCCUCUUCAUCAUCCCCAUCCCCACCAUCCUCCGGCUGAGGAUGCGCCUGGCCCAAAAGCUCGGCGCCAUGGUCAUCUUUGGCAUUGCCAGCCUGACCCUGAUCACCUCGGUCGUGCGCCUGCAGCUCCUGCCGACGCUGCUGACCUCGAAAGACAUCUCGUGGGAUGCGGGGCCGGCGAACGUCUGGUCAAUCCUCGAAGCAAACCUCUUCAUCAUCUGCGGCUCCAUGCCGACCCUCCGCAAGUUCGCCAUCCACUUCUGGCCCUCCAUCAUGGGGGACUCGUCCAAGGACGGCGGCGCCUCGGACCAGAGGGGCCAGUCGGGCCACGCCGAGGACUCGUCGCCGAGCAAGUACGUCGGGGGACGCAACCCGUACACGCGCUUCGACCUCGAGACGCACAGCGGCGCCGAGCUCACCAGCUUUGGGGUGGCGCCGGCGGAGGAGUCCGGUCGUCCUGCUGGCCCGCAGCAGCAGCAGCAUACGUACGGCCUCAGGGAAUCUGUAGGCUGAGGGUGAGGCAUCAUCUAAAUAGGGUAUAAUGCACAAACUAGUUUCGAAUCACA